AUGGUUGAUCCUCUGGUUGCUAGGUGCCUUUACUCUGGCAAAGGUUAUAUGAUUCCUUUGAAUCAAUGCAUGAGCUACUCUGAGUUGUAUGAAGACAUUUUCCGUACAUUCCAGUUGUUGCCAAGUGAUAUUAUUGAGCUUCAGUAUUCAGUUCCAGGUUGUGAAGUUUGUUUUCUUCGUAACAAUCGUGAUUUCCAGAUGCUGUUUUGCUCUGCUAGAAUACAUAGGUUAGAGUGUGUCGAUAUUUCAGUUUUAAAGAUUGGGGGAGGUUGUAGGAGAACUUGUUCUGUGGAUAGUGGGUCGGAAGUGAUUGAUGAAGAUGAUUAUUUGGGUGAUGCAUUCAGGACUGAAGUUCACAAGACGUAUUUGUCUGAUGAGUGGAGUUCUUAUAUUCAUCAUGUCGGGGAUAAGUUUCAUGGUGCUGCUGAGCUCCGUGAGAAGCUCAGGAAGUAUGCAAUUGCAGUUGGUUUCGAGUUUGUUUUGCUGAGAAAUGAUUUGGACCGUAUUCAUGCAGUCUGUGCAAAUGUUGGAACCGAAGGAUGUCAGUGGCAUCUUCGUGCUUUUUCAUCAUCUGCCAAUGGUUGCCUUUACAUAACAGAGUUGAAUAAUAUUCACACUUGCAAGGGUGUAGUUAGGACUCAAAAGAACAAGCUUUUGGGAUCCAAGGUUGUCAAGACUUGCAUUGCUGCUGAUGUUAGCUAUAAUCUUUCAUUGACGCCAAGGGAGAUUAUGAGCAAGUUCAAAUCAACUUAUGGGUUUGAUAUUUCCUACAAGGUUGCCUUGAAAGCAAAGCAUCGGGCUAAGGAAGCGAUUUAUGGUUCCGAUGCAGACACGUUUAGCAAGUUAUCUUGGUAUAAGGAAGCUGUUUUGCAGAGUAAUCCCGGCUCUUCUUUUGUGUUGGAAGUUGAACCAUCGACAAAUCGUUUUCAGAGGCUUUUCGUAGCUUACGGAGGUUGUGUAGAAGGGUUUAAAUUCUGUUUGCCUGUGUUGUAUGUUGAUGGAACGUUUGGUUUCUACCCUCUAGCCAUAUGUUUUUGUGAUUCUGAGACAGAUGCAAACUGGACAUUCUUUUUCAAGCAUUUGAAGAGUCUGCUUGAACCUCAAGGAAGAGUUAUCACAUUUAUUAGUGAUCGGUGUGUUGGAUUGUUGAGUGCUUUCGAUAAGUACCUUCGGCGGUACAAUAAGCGUAGCCCGUUAGAGCUAAUUAUGCUUGCAAAUGUACAUGUAUGUACACACUUGGUGGCGAACCUUGCCGGUAAAUAUAGGGGUAAAGGUAAUUCAAAAUUGAUUGAAGAUGUUAAGCAGAAGUUUUUUAAGGUUGCAUAUUCAUCUACUGAGAAGGAAUACCGUUUCAAUUUGCGGUUGCUUAGAGCAGUUGGUGGUGCCGAUAUUAUUGACCCUUUUCUUGCUGAAUUGCCUGUGGAAAAUUGGUGCCGUGCAUUUUAUACUAGUUGCCGAUAUGGAAUUAUGGCUAAUGGGAUUGCUGAAUCAUUUAACUCUUGGAUUGCAAUUGAGCGUUUGAUGCCAGUCUAUUGUAUGCUGGACCAGACAAGAAUUAAACAAAUGGAGAUGGCCGGUAAGAGGAGGGAAGAGGCAGAACGUUGGACCACAGAACUAACUCCUAAAAUGGAGGAAAGAUUGAAGGUGCAAAUGGAGAAAUCUCGUCGUUUCAGUGUCCAUUAUUCUAGCCCUGGAGUUUAUGAGGUUCGAUCUGACUUUUCAUAUGUAGUCAACAUCUCCGAUCAUUCAUGUUCAUGUGUGAAAUGGCAGAUCAAUUGUUUUCCUUGUCCUCACGGCCUUGCUGCAUUACAGGCUGCUUCUGUAAAUGUAUAUGAUUAUAUUGAUAAGUACUUUCAGGUUGAUAUGUUCAAGAAGAGCUACAGUUUUCCUAUCUGUCCGAUAACCAAUGUUGAUAUGUCUUCUUCAGAAUCUGCUUCUGAAUGUAUUUUACCUCCCCUUUCGAAGAGGCCCCCCGGGAGGCCUAGGGUGAAGCGGUUCAAGUCGGUUGGAGAGGCUGAAAAGAAGCUGAUUCGUUGUGGUCGUUGUGGCAAAAUGGGCACUCAUAACAAGUUGAGCUGCACUGAACCUCUCGUUCAGUAG